GGCCUGGAACCAAAUCCGACCCGGCCCACUGUCAAGGCUUUUCUUCUUUUGAAACUCUCUCUCCCUCCUCCUCCUCCUUCAGAAAAUAGCUCUAGGGUUUCAACCCGCCACUUCCUCUCUCUGCCGGAACAAGCUCACAACUGCGCUCUCUGAGUCUCGGUUUCUCAAAUUGAACCAAACUACAAUGGGAAGGAAGAAGCCCAAGGACCCAGAAAGCGACGCCGUUUCGGGUGGUCAACCCGACAUAUUCAAGACCCUAUUCGGCGACGCCGCCACCCAGGACGCCGCCCCCGCCAUCUUCUCCGAAGACAACCCCUUCAGGAGGAAGAACCAGGAACCAGGGUCAGGGUUUGCCGCUGCUCCGUCACUCGAAACCGUCGGAAACGUCAACCACGGCGGCUCCGGGGACAAGGACGCCGGCAAUGGUGAGGUGAAGAAGAAGAAGAAGAAGAGGAAGAAGAAGGCGAUGGAUUCGGUUGCUGAAGAAGAAGAAGAAGCUUCAGAGGAGGCUGCAUUAGAGAGCAAGAAGCCGAAGAAGGAAAAACCCAAUUUGGAAAACCCUAAUUUGGGUUCUGAAAGCAAAGAAAAUGAUGUAGUGUCCAAUUUGGUUUUGGGAUUGGGAUCGAAUACCGAGAACGAUCCGAAUUUCGGUCUGAGUGUGGUGAAGAAGAAGAGGAAAAGGGAUGAGCUUGAGAGGGAAUACGAAGCAAAGAAGUAUGGUGUGACAGAGAACCAGGAGGAUGGAGAUUUGGGGAAGAAAGUUGUGGGGGAAAAGAGGAAGACGGUGGAUAAUCCAGCUGAUAUGCUGGUUUCAGAGGAAGGUUUCGACGACGAAAGUAAGCUUCUGAGGACUAUUUUCGUUGGGAAUUUACCGGUGAAGGUGAAGAAGAAGGUGUUGAUCAGGGAGUUCAGUAAGUUUGGAGAGGUGGAGUCUGUGAGGAUUCGGUCCGUGCCGAUAGAGGAUACGAAAGCGCCCAGAAAAGUAGCAGUGCUUACAAAGAAACUCCAUAAGAAAGCUGACAGCGUGAAUGCAUACAUCGUUUUCAAGUCAGAGGAAUCUGCGCAGGCUUCCCUGUCCCAUAACAUGGCUGUGGUUGAAGAACAUCACAUCCGUGUUGACAGGGCAUGCCCACCUCGUAAGAAGCUGAAAGGGGAGAAUGCUUCUGUUUAUGAUCACACGAGAACUGUAUUUGUGGGCAACCUUCCCUUUGAAGUAAAGGAUGAAGAAGUUUAUCAGUUGUUUUGUGGCACUAACAAUCAGGAUUCCGGAGUUGAAGCCAUUCGCAUAAUCAGGGAUUCUAACGUUGGUCUCGGAAAGGGCAUUGCUUAUGUUCUGUUUAAAACAAAGGAAGCUGCAAAUGCAGUCGUUAGGAAACGAAAUCUGAAGCUUCGAAAUCGGGAACUCAGGCUUUCUCAUGCAAAACCAGAGUCUGCCCAAUCUAAGAGCAAAAACCAAGAUUCCACCCCAUCUAAGAGAAGCAAUCCAUCACCUGCAUCAAAUACCAAGUCCCCAGCUAAAAGGCUAGCAUUCGGUUCAAGGACUCCAGAGUUUAAGGGAAAUUCCAAGGCUACCAUGUCCUACCAGGGUGUACGUGCGGGUAAAAAUGGUGUCCAAAAGUAUCCAAAAGCCAAGUUUGAAUCAAGGCCUCAGAGUGGAGUGAAGCCGAAAGAACGUACAGAGAAAAGACCAUCUGUUGCUGCCAGAAAAGGUAAGGUGGCAUUCCAAGGUGGUGCUGCUUCAAAAGAAGCAGGUGUGAAGCGUAAGAUGGAUAGUCGAACUCCAGAGAGCUCCCACCAGAAAAAGAAAUUCAAGAAAUUUAGGUAGGAAGGACUACAGAAACAGUUGCUCCAUAUCUUAGGGGCCUUAUACAGUUGAAAGGCUCUCUGCCCUCCAGUCUGCGGCAAGAGAAGUUGAAUUUUGUACCUUGUCCCAAGUUUUUAAAUAUUUUCUUGUACAACUCACUGAUGUUAAAUUGAAUGUAUUUUUUCAGUUGGUUCAUUUAUUUGAUUUACAAAAUUUCCUUC